GGACCUGAUCGACUUUGAUAAGCUGAAGAAAUCCAACGCUCACUACAACCUGCAGAAUGCCUUCAACCUGGCCGAGCAGCACCUGGGCAUCACCAAGCUGCUGGACCCCGAAGACAUCGCGUGGACCACCCUGAUGAGAAGUCCAUCAUCACCUACGUGGUCACCUACUACCACUACUUCUCCAAGAUGAAGGCGCUGAAGGUGGAGGGGAAGAGAAUCGGAAAGGUUCUGGACAACGCCAUCGAGACGGAGAAGAUGAUCGAGAAGUACGAGUCUCUGGCGUCGGACCUGCUGGAGUGGAUCGAGCAGACCAUCAUCAUCCUCAACAACAGGAAGUUCGCCAACUCUCUGGUGGGCGUCCAGCAGCAGCUGCAGGCCUUCAACACGUACCGCACGGUGGAGAAACCGCCAAAGUUCACAGAGAAGGGGAACCUGGAGGUUCUUCUGUUCACCAUCCAGAGCAAGAUGAGAGCCAACAACCAGAAGGUCUACACUCCCCGAGAGGGCAAACUCAUCUCCGACAUCAACAAGGCGUGGGAGCGUCUGGAGAAGGCGGAGCACGAGCGGGAGCUGGCUCUGCGGACGGAGCUGAUUCGCCAGGAGAAGCUGGAGCAGCUCGCCCGCCGCUUCGACCGCAAGGCCGCCAUGAGGGAAACGUGGCUGAGUGAGAACCAGCGGCUUGUCUCCCAGGAUAACUUUGGAUUUGACCUGCAGGCCGUAGAAGCAGCUACAAAGAAACAUGAAGCCAUAGAAACGGACAUCGCCGCCUACGAGGAGCGAGUUCAGGCGGUGGUUUCCGUGGCCAAAGAGAUGGAGACUGAGAAUUACCACGACAUCAAACGCAUCACGGCGAGGAAGGAUAACGUGAUCCGUCUGUGGGAGUACCUGCUGGAGCUGCUGAAGGCCCGGAGGCUGCGCCUGGAGCUGAACCUGGGCCUGCAGAGGGUCUUCCAGGAGAUGCUCUACAUCAUGGACUGGAUGGACGAGAUGAAGAUGCUGCUGCUGUCCCAGGACUACGGGAAACACCUGCUGGGCGUGGAGGACCUGCUGCAGAAACACGCGCUGGUCGAGGCCGACAUCAGCAUCCAGGCCGACCGCGUCCGCAACGUCAACCGCAACGCACAGAAGUUCGCCGACGAUAUGGAGGGUUAUAAGCCGUGUGAUCCCCAGAUCAUCCGGGAUCGGGUCGCCCACAUGGACUUCUGCUACCAGGAGCUGAGUCAGCUGGCGGCCGAGCGCCGCGCUCGCCUCGAGGAGUCCCGGCGCCUCUGGAAGUUCUUCUGGGAAAUGGCCGAAGAGGAGGGCUGGAUCCGGGAGAAGGAGCAGAUCCUGUCCUCCGAGGAUUAUGGGAAGGAUCUGACGGGAGCGCUGCGACUGCUGAGUCAGCACAAAGCCUUCGAAGACGAGAUGAGCGGGCGCGCCGCCCACCUGCAGCAGACCAUCAGACAGGGAGAGGAGCUGGUCGCCAACGGGCACUUCGGAGCAGACAAGAUUAAAGAACGCAUCCAGGACAUUCAGGAGCAGUGGGCGGCUCUGGAGCGCCUCUCUGCUGUCCGUAAAGCUCGCCUGCAGGAAGCCUGCAACCAGCACCAGUUCCAGGCGGAUGCGGACGACAUGGACACGUGGAUGCUGGACGUGCUGCGGAUCGUCUCCAGCGUGGACGUCGGCCACGACGAGUUCUCCACUCAGGCGCUGGUGAAGAAGCACAAGGACGUGGCCGAGGAGAUCGCCAGCUACCGGCCCGUCAUCGAGGCGCUGCACGAACAGGCCGCCACGCUGCCGCCCGAGAAGGCCAACUCUGAGGAGGUCCAGAGCCGCCUGGCGGGCAUCGAGGAGCGCUAUAAGGAGGUGGUGGAGCUGACGCGGCUCAGGAAGCAGGCGCUGCAGGACGCUCUGGCGCUCUACAAGAUGCUGAGCGAAGCCAGCGCCUGCGAGGUGUGGAUCGACGAGAAGGAGCAGUGGCUCAACAGCAUGGACAUCCCCGAGAAACUGGAGGACCUGGAGGUGGUCCAGCACCGCUUUGAGAGUUUGGAGCCAGAGAUGAACAACCAGGCGUCCCGGGUCGCCGUGGUGAACCAGGUCGCCAGGCAACUGAUCCACAGCGGACAUCCCAGCGAAAAGGAGAUCAAAGCCCAGCAGGACAAACUCAACACCAGGUGGAGUCAGUUCCGAGACCUGGUGGACCAGAAGAAAGACAGUCUGAGCUCGGCUCUGGGCGUCCAGAACUACCACCUGGAGUGCAACGAGACCAAGUCCUGGAUCAAAGAGAAGACCAAGGUGAUCGAGUCGACCCAGGAGCUGGGGAACGACUUGGCCGGCGUCAUGGCGCUGCAGAGGAAGCUGACGGGGAUGGAGCGCGACCUCGCCGCCAUCGAAGACAAGCUGGGCGACCUGGGCAAAGAGGCGGAGCGUUUGGCCUCCGAACACCCGGAACAGUCCGACGCCAUCAAGGGACGUCUGGCUGAGAUCACCGGCGUCUGGGACGAGAUGAAGGACACCAUGAAGAACCGGGAGGAGUCUCUGGGCGAGGCCAGCAAGCUGCAGCAGUUCCUGCGCGAGCUGGACGACUUCCAGUCGUGGCUGUCGCGCACGCAGACCGCCAUCGCCUCGGAGGACAUGCCCAACACGCUGGCCGAGGCCGAGAAGCUGCUGACCCAGCACGAGAACAUCAAGAACGAAAUCCACAACUACGAAGAGGACUACCAGAAGAUGCGGGACAUGGGCGAGAUGGUGACGCAGGGCCAGACGGACGCGCAGUACAUGUUCCUGCGCCAGCGGCUGCAGGCGCUCGACACCGGCUGGAACGAGCUGCACAAGAUGUGGGAGAACCGGCAGAACCUGCUGUCCCAGUCGCACGCCUACCAGCUGUUCCUCAGGGACACCAAGCAGGCCGAGGCCUUCCUCAACAACCAGGAGUACGUCCUGGCUCACACCGAGAUGCCCACCACUCUGGAGGGGGCCGAGGCCGCCAUCAAGAAGCAGGAGGACUUCAUGACCACGCUGGACGCCAACGAGGAGAAGAUCAGCGGCGUGCUCGACACCGGACGCCGCCUGGUAACCGACGGCAACAUCAACGCCGAGCGCAUCCAGGAGAAGGUGGACUCCAUCGACCAAAGACAUAAGAAGAACCGAGCGGCUGCCAGCGAGCUGCUGACGAGGCUGAAGGACAACAGAGACCUGCAGAAGUUCCUGCAGGACUGCCAGGAGCUGUCCCUGUGGAUCAACGAGAAGAUGCUGACGGCCCAGGACAUGUCGUACGACGAGGCCAGGAACCUGCACAGCAAGUGGCUCAAACACCAGGCCUUCAUGGCCGAGCUGCAGUCCAACAAGGAGUGGUUGGACAAGAUCGACAAGGACGGGCAGGCGCUGAUGGCAGAGAAGCCGGAGACGGAGGCAAUGGUCAAAGAGAAGCUGGCGUCCCUGACGACCAUGUGGCAGGACCUGGAGUCCACCACCCAGGCCAAGGCCAAGUGUCUGUUCGACGCCAACAAGGCCGAGCUGUUCACGCAGAGCUGCGCCGACCUGGACAAGUGGCUGGCCGGCCUGGACGGACAGCUGCAGUCGGACGACUACGGCAAAGACCUCACCUCCGUCAACAUCCUGCUCAAGAAACAGCAGAUCCUGGAGAGCCAGGUGGAGGUGCGUCAGAAGGAGGUGGAGGAGCUGCAGGGCCAGUCGCAGGCGCUCAGCCAGGAGGGGAAAGGCUCCGACGAGACGGACGGCCAGAGGAUCAGCGUGGAGAAGAAGUUCCAGUCGCUGCAGGCGCCGCUGAAGAAGAGGCGGGACAUUCUCAUGGCCUCCCGCGAGAUCCACCAGUUCAACCGGGACGUGGAGGACGAGAUCCUCUGGGUGGAGGAGAGGAUGCCUCUGGCCACAUCGACCGACCACGGACACAACCUGCAGACUGUCCAGCUGCUCAUCAAGAAGAACCAGACUCUGCAGAAGGAGAUCCAGGGCCAUCAGCCGCGCUACGACGACAUCUUCGAGCGCAGCCAGCACGUCCUGCGGGAGGACAGCCCGACGGCCGAGCUGAUUCGCCAGCGCCUGGCCGGGCUCACGGCGCUGUGGGAACAGAUCAGGAAGGAGACCGAGAAGCGCCACACGCGCCUCAGCGAGGCCCACGAGGCCCAGCAGUACUACUUCGACGCCGCCGAGGCCGAGGCCUGGAUGAGCGAACAGGAGCUCUACAUGAUGUUAGAGGAGAAGGCCAAGGACGAGCAGAGUUCGGUGGCCAUGCUGAAGAAGCAUCAGAUCCUGGAGCAGGCGGUGGAGGAUUACGCCGACACCGUCCACCAGCUGUCCAGCACCAGCCGAGGCCUGGUGGCCGCCGAACACCCCGACAGCGAGCGUAUCGGCAUGCGUCAGUCCCAGGUGGAUAAGCUGUACGCCGGGCUGAAGGACUUGUCGGAGGAGCGUCGGGGGAAGCUGGACGAGCGUCUGCGUCUCUUCCAGCUGAACCGCGAGGUGGACGACCUGGAGCAGUGGAUCGCAGAGAGGGAGGUGGUGGCCGGGUCCCACGAGCUGGGACAGGACUACGAGCACGUCACCAUGCUGCAGGAGCGUUUCCGAGAGUUCGCCCGCGACACGGGAACCAUCGGCCAGGAGCGCGUGGACACGGUGAACCGGCAGGCCGACGAGCUGAUCAACGGCGGCCACGCCGACGCCGCCACCGUCGCGGAGUGGAAGGACGGCCUGAACGAGGCGUGGGCCGACCUGCUGGAGCUCAUCGACACGCGCACGCAGAUCCUCGCCGCCUCCUACGAGCUGCACAAGUUCUACCACGACGCCAAGGAGAUCCUCAACCGCAUCCUGGACAAACACAAGAAGCUGCCGGAGGAGCUGGGCCGCGACCAGAACACCGUGGAGACGCUGCAGAGGAUGCACACGACCUUCCAGCACGACAUCCAGGCACUGGGAACACAGGUGCGGCAGCUUCAGGAGGACGCGGUCCGUCUGCAGUCGGCCUACGCCGGAGAUAAAGCCGACGACAUUCAGAAGAGAGAGGGAGAGGUGCUGGAGGCCUGGAAGAACCUGCUGGAGGCGGCAGAGGGCCGGCGCCUGAAGCUGUCCGACACCGGAGACAAGUUCCGGUUCUUCAGCAUGGUGCGCGACCUGAUGCUGUGGAUGGAGGACGUCAUCCGGCUGAUCGAGGCCCAGGAGAAGCCCAGGGACGUGUCGUCGGUGGAGCUGCUGAUGAACAACCACCAGGGCAUCAAGGCGGAGAUCGACGCCCGCAACGACAGCUUCACCGCCUGCAUCGAGCUCGGCAAAGCCCUGCUGGCCCGGAAGCACUACGCUUCAGAGGAGAUUAAAGAAAAGUUGUUACAGUUGACGGACAAGAGGAAAGACAUGAUUGACAAGUGGGAGGACAGAUGGGAGUGGCUGAGACUGGUCCUGGAGGUGCACCAGUUCUCCCGGGACGCCGGCGUGGCCGAGGCCUGGCUGCUGGGUCAGGACCCCUACCUGUCCAGCCGGGAGAUCGGCCAGAGCGUGGACGAAGUGGAGAAGCUCAUCAAACGCCACGAGGCCUUCGAGAAGUCGGCCGCCACCUGGGAGGAACGUUUCGCCGCUCUGGAGAGGCUGACCACGAUGGAGUUAUUGGAAGUGAGAAGAAUGCAAGAGGAAGAAGAGAAGAAGAGGCAACCUCCGCCCAGCGAGGCUCAGCCCGGCGACGCUGCUGCUCAGCGCAGGGAGGGCGAGCCGGUGUCUCAGAACGGGCUGCCGUCCGAUCAGGAGUCCCCCAGGCUCGACGCGCCCGCUGUCCUCUCCCCUCAGCUGUUAAUGCUUCUGCUUCUUUACGUGGUCAUUUAUAAACUCACCCUCUGGAACAUGAACGCCUGACCAGUCCACCGCCCUCGCUCCGAAAAUCCGCUUUUUAAGCCUCAAACGGUGAUUCACAAAAUCUGUUGACCCGUCAUAGUUUUCAGGGCUUUUGUAGGAUUUAUUUAAAUUAUAUUUACUCCAGAAAGUAAAUUGUGGUAAUAACGCUAAAUAUAUAAAACAGACACACACACACACACACACACACACACACACACACACACACACACACACAGAUAUAAAGCUUGCAUGCAUCCACAGCUUUAAAUUAACUUUUUUGAUCACCAGCCAACAUGGCUAGUAGGUUUUUAAAGUUACCAGCCAAUCAGAUUUUCCACUAGCAACAUUUACACUUCACACUUUAAUGUAUACAAUGUAUUGUACCUUAAAGUACCCCGGCCAAACUGGCUCGUAGCUUCACAGUGUUACCCGCCAAAUUACAAAAAACAUUGUAAAACUGUAGUUUAGUCUCUGAAAUAUAUUCAGAUAAAUUAUGUCUUACUCUUAUCGUCUUAAAAUAAAAGAUUUGAAGCUGCUGUAGGUUUAGUUUGAUCAUUAACACGUUGCAUCGACAGUCCGUGAAUUGUUCAAAAUGUAAUUUAUGCCAGACUCAUAAAGAGUUAAGUUCCAAAAUCCUUUUAAUGUUUUUAUAUAUUAAAGUAAUAUUUUGUCCAAGACAGACAAACAAGGCUAUCCAAGCAUGCACUGCACAUCUGCACAUCUUCAAUUUCUGGCAAUUUAAAGUUUCAAAUUCAGUCUCACAAUUGAAUGUGGGAACGAUAUCACUCAUGUAAUGUAAAUAUAUUAAUACAUUGAUGCCACUCAGUCAGCAAUAUUACUCCUUAAACUUUCUGCUGCUAAGUCACAGCAAUGCAAGCAGCUGUAAUGCUGUAUAAACAUUCAGUUUGUAGGUCUUGUUUAAGGACAGAGUGCAUCAUCUUAGAAAGCCAUUUCACAGAUGAUGGGUUCAAACUCUUUUUGUCAAAUGUACACAGUAAACAUGUAAUGCUCCAAGUCAUGCAACACCCAGUAUGAUAAGUGACAUAUUUUCAAGACAAACACUGAAAUACUUACCUCCAUACUUCUUUAUCUUGAUGUCUGUAGCAGUGAUUUCGUUUUUGUUGAGGCUGUUUACCGCCAAUAAACAUUUGACAAAAAAACUACCGUAAAACUCUAAACUAAAAGGUAUGGGCGUGCUCGCCACGGACAAAUAAAAGGCCCACGAAAAGCCGUUUCCCACCGUGGAUGCCUAAUAAACCUGGGUAUAGUGUACUCUACUGUUAAACUUAACUGUCAUGUGACCGGCCGGCGGUCGCCUAAAUUUCAUAGGGUAUGUUACGAAUUGUUGUGCAUAAGUUUUUGUAUGAUGUCAUACGAAGCCGUUCAUGAGAAUGCGUUGUCAUUGUAAAAACUGACCAUUUGUAUAUGAAUUCAUCUUCAAAUGCAUUCCACAGUUUCAUGUAAAGUAGAUCUUCCAUUCAUUUGUAAACAUUUCAACAUAUAGGCUUGUGUGUGUGUGUGUGUGUGUGUGUGCGUGUGCGUGUGCGUACGUACGUGCGUGCAACACUGUUUUUUUGUAUCAUCAUUAUUAUCGAUCUCUGUUUUCCAUUGUGUACUGUUAUAACUUCUUUUAUUUCUCUUCAUGUUUCUGUCGCAUGGCCAUCCAGCCCAUUCAUUGGUUCCCUGACUAACACACAUUCCCCCAAUAAACCCUGUCAGAACCAAUCA